UUAUUAUAAAAGCAAGUAAAAUGUGUAGUUCAUUUAUUAAUUUAAUUGAUUUUUGUUGUGAUCUAUCUAACAGGAAUAAUCAAUUGUGUCCGUUAAAACUUUUAAGACAUAAAAAAACAUUGUCUUGAAGAACUGGUAUUGAUACAGCAAUGCGGAUUCUUCUACUCCCGUGCUCUCUUUAUUUAAUUUGCAGGAUCUCAAACUGGGUCACACCAGAACCCUGUACGUUUUCCCCGCACACCGAUGGAUGUGGAAACCAUGGAUGGAUGUGGCAAUGCGGACACCGUAACCUAUCUGUGAUACCCAAUGGUCAGCACAUACCACCAGAAUAUACAAGGACAUCAUUGACAUUGGACUUAUCCAAAAACAGUUUUACCGCAAUAUCCAGAAAAACAUUCAAUACCAUUGGCCAAUUUCUUCGAUCAAGAAUCGCAUCUCUUUCAUUACGGGGCAACCCUAUUCAAUCUAUUGGAAAUUUUUCUUUCAAAGCUCUAUGGAAUCUUUGUGAAUUAGAUCUUUCUAGCUGUCGUCUGCAUACGGAGUCUUUUGAAAUUAAUUCACUUGCGAAUCUGAAUAAAUUGAACAUUUUAUGUCUUCAUAGUAAUUCAUUUCAGGCCAGAGGAUACCCCGAUGUUGCUAUUUCAAAGGCAAGGACAAUAGAAAACUUGACAAUUGAUGUGUUUGAUGGAUUUCAGUUUGGUUCGUCGUUUCAAAACUUAACUAAUUUGAGAAUUAUAGAAUUUUUCACCGGAAACUCUAUGUUCCAUUUAACAAAUUCUACUUUCAUCGGGUUGAUAAAAUCUCCAAUAGCAAAUUUGGAAUUGAAAUUCAGAAACAUGAUACAUUGUGAUGUCAGUGAAGAUGUAUUUUGUUCGUUUCCUUUUUUAAGAGGUGUACAUAUUGCGUUUAGAGGAAUGUGUGAUCUGAACGUAGCAUUAAAUUCGUUGAAGUGUCUUCAAAAUCGGACCAUGGACCACAUUAUUGUAAACGACAAUAAACCAAUGAUUGUCACAAAGCAAGUGUUCCUCAAUAAUGAAAAUUGCAAAUACCUAUUCAAUAUUUGCUCCAAAAGAGUUGAACUCAAUGGAAAUCGUAUCGCAGGAAUUUCUGACAACCCUUUAAACACAGUUAUGGGUCAAUGCGUGGAAUACUUUGAUAUUUCAUCAAACAGGAUCGAAUGGAUCAAUCCCCAGAUUUUAGUGGAUUUUUUGACACGAUAUCCAAAUCUACAGGUCAUAAAUAUAAGCUCAAAUAAUGAACUUUGCAAUUGUGAGACAUCCUGGCACAACCCUUACUCACAGGUAGUAGCUUCAAGAAUGACUGACAAUAAUGAAACCAAUGAGUUUUCAUCCGAUGUAUUUGUUGUGAAUGAGUUUUUCUCAAACAUUUCAAGUAAAGUACUUUUCAUCAAGAGAGGUGUUAUAACUAUUAAGAUUUCCGAAAUAAUAACAGUGCUGCAGCUCUCAAAAAUGUACCUACAUAUAUUCACUAGUUUACCUCGUUAUAAUUUAAUACUGACUAUCAAUGCCAAAAAUUUAAAAGAAUUAUACAUGGUGCAUAGUAAUUUCUCAUGUCAAUCUUUGGCACCUAUUCAGGCUCCUUCGUUGGAAAUAAUUGACAUUUCCAAUAACGACUGCAGCAUAAUAGGAGCAAACAUUUUUAUUUUUGCUUUAAAAUUAAGAGUAUUUUUGGCAUCGAAUUCAAAUCUUCGUUUUGCUAGUAGUCUUAGAUACGGAACCCUUUUCCAUAACCUGACAGAAUUACAGAAAGUUGAUGUUAGUCGCAAUUCAAUAACAUAUUUGCCACCAGCCAUGUUUGAAGAUCAGCAAAAUUCGCUGUUAACUGUGAAUUUGGAUUCUAAUCUGUUCUCAACAAUUCCCGUGUCAAAUUUGAAAAAUCUUACUCACUUGUAUUUGCGUCAAAACAAAAUUUCAUUCUUCACAAAAAAUGAUAUUGAAAGAGUAAUGUCAAUGGAAAAGGCUGUUGUUUUCAUUGAAGGAAACCCAGUAAGUUGCGAGUGCACCCACAUUUGGUCAUUGAAAUGGAUGAAAGAAAACCAAGACAGAUUUGUUGAUUUAAAUAAAACUUUAUGCAUCAACACAAACGUGUUACUUUCGACAUUUGUAAACCAAGAGGUAUUUGAAAAGUUUGAAAUGAUUUGUCAGUCAGAUGCUUGGUUGAUAGGUUCCAUUUUUGCAUUUGUUUUUGUAAUUGUUGUUUUGCUUACUUCAGCAGCUAUCAAACAAUAUCGUGUCCAUGUCGAUUAUGUUAUCUUGCGUAUGCGUAGUCGAUGGAAAGGCGUCAUACACGUUGCAAAUUCUGACGAUUUUCCGUUUGAUGCUUUCGUCACCUACACCGAGGAAGAUUACCCUGCUUGCAUUCCUUUUUACCAAGCUCUCACCAGUCUGGGUUUCAAAAUCAGCAUACCCGAUAAAGAUUUUUUACCCGGAAUAUCUGAAGCGGAACAACUACUUAAAUGCAUGGAUCAGAGUCGAAAAGUUGUCAUUAUUGUUACCGAAAAUUUUCUAGAAAAUGGCUGGAACUCCUACGCUGUGCAAAUGGUUGUUACUCAUGCUUUUCACAACCAGAGGGAACGGUCGAUUAUAGUGAUAAUUAAAGAUGACAUUCCCAUCGAGCGAUUGCCAAGGGAUCUGAAAUAUAUCUGGUGGACCAUUGUCAGCAUAAGAUGGCCAGAUGGAAAUGAGAACAUGGAUUUAUUCUGGGAAGAGAUUGCUGCUGCUUUACGCACUAAUUAAAAGAAUUUAGUAUAAAAAUGAGUUUGUGACUUGUCCGUUGUGUCCAUAUUGUAUUUCAAGACAAUAGAGAGUUUAAGCAUUUGACCUUUUACGUGUACCCAUACGUGUAGAGUUAGAAGAAAGAUUACAAAUACCCGCUCUAACAGCACGUCUCGUUUAACAAACUGCAUAUGUAUGCAUAUGUUUAGAGAAAGACGUCACAAACUAAUCAUUUGGAUGGAAAUUUGAAAUUAACUAAUCAACAUUAUUGUUUGAUAAGUACGAUCGUAAAUAAAAAUGUCUCAAAACUAUCUUGCUUGCAUCGUUGGAAGGUGAUGAUGAACUUUUACUUCUUUCAUGCAUAGAUGACGACAAAGAAUCAUCAACUUAUCAUAAUUUAGAGAUAGAUGAACUUAGAGAUGAACAAUUCCAUAUAUUAUUCAUAUAUUCACGAAAGAAGACAUAUGUGCUUUGUGCAACGCUUAUGUUUCCAAGAAUAGAGCAGUAUGCGCUGGAAUAGAGGUGUUGUGUAUUCCUAUACGUUAAUUAGCAUACCCGAAUAGAAUGCAAAAUCUUUCACAUGUUUGUUGGAAGAUCAACGGCUGAAAUGUUUUAUAUUUUCUACAUGGUUCUGGACUUUAUUGGUUUAAAGAACGGGCACAAAUAGGAAAAAUGAAUCAGCUGUGAUUGUCUCAUUCAAAACUGGACAAGAUGGUGGUAGCUGUCAACAACUGAGGAUUUAUAGAGGGAACCGUGAGGCCGAUAUGCAGACCAUAAUCUCAUCAGCAAUUGAUGUCCAAUGGUCAAAAAUGUAUUACGACCCCUGAUGAAAUGAUUGCUCAUAUGUUUGGUCCAAUUGAUGGCCGCCGUAAUGAGGCAAGUAUGCUAAGGGAAAGCCAUGUAGAAUAACAAAUGCAAAAACAUAUGAAAAAAUGCAAAGUCUACUCCGUCUACGGCGACCCUGCCCAUCCAUUAUCCCCAUACGUAGAAUCCUCCAUUUCCAGGAGCUGUAAUAUCAGCGAAUUAGAUGCGUUUCACCAAAAAAAAGGUUAGCACUGGGAGUUUGCGUAGAAUGGAUUUUCAGCAAUAUUUUAACUUUGUUUGCUUUUUUGGACUAUAAGAAAAAUAAAAACUUAAUUAAUUAACAGUGUUUUUUAAAAUCGUAUAGUAUAGCACCUAUUCUCAUCAACUACUACACCAUUUUGUAUGGUAGUGAAACCGGUUCAUUCUUUGAUAUUUCCCCGCCAUUUCUACCCGAAUUUAUAUCCGAAUUUAAAAGAAUCCCAUUUUUUUUUAUACAGAAGUCUUUAUGAAUACGUCAAACGCAGGAACUGAUGUUUCAUUUACGCAUAUAUGUAUCAUUCAAGUGGUCUACCUUGAUGUCUUAGAAAACAUACGUGUUUCUUUGGAUCUGAAAUAUUAUAGAUAAACUAGUG